ACCUGCUAACCUCAGUGCGGUGACAGGAAAUGUUCAAAUUUUACCUUCGCGUCGCAAGAUAAUAUUUUGCAAAAAAGCACUCUCGCACACACACAUGCCUCAUUUUACAGGAAAUUUGCUGAAGGCAAAUGUACAGAAAGAGAGUGAAAUGUACUAGACUCACUUCCAUGAACAUCUUAACAUCAUUUCAGCAACAAGAGUGACAGCUAUUUCUCAUCAUGACUGAAGCAUAUACAGACAGCAUGAAUACAGCAGCAUAUGAUAGCUACGAAACAGAAACCGUUUGUACGAUUGAGGGUUCACAACUGAAUCCACAUCUCAAGGCUGCCAUUUUCUACAUGGUUUUUGCACUUGGCCUCAUUGGUAACAUCACCGUCUUAUGGGUCCUCUUGAAAUUCAUGCAUGUGAAAAAUAUGACAAAUCUCUGCCUUCUGAAUCUGGCUCUGUCAGACCUACUGAUGGUCCUCUCACUGCCCUCUUGGGCUCUUUAUGCACAGGGCCACUACUUUAAAGCCAAUGAAAUGUGUAAGGCAAUGGCGGGUACAUACCAAGUUGGAUUUUACAGCGGGAUCUUAUUCGUGACUCUAAUGAGCGUGGAUCGCUAUUUGGUCAUUGUACAUGCCGUUGCGGUGCUGGGAGCGAAGAUGAUGCGAUAUGGAAUCGUGGUGAGUCUCAUUAUAUGGAUGGUUUCCAUCUGUGCUGCCCUUCCAGAGGCCAUCUUUGCAGCAAUGGUCACAGAGGAAAACAUUACCAGCUGUCAGAGAGUUUAUCCUGUUGGGUCAGCCCAGAAGUGGAAGCUUUUCCGUAACUUUGGUGAAAAUGCAGUAGGACUAUUCAUCUCUUUGCCCAUUUUAGCCUACUGCUACAUCAGGGUCCUAAUGGUUGUGAAGAAGACAAAAAACUCAAAAAAGGAACGGGCCAUAAAGCUCAUUUUAGGCAUUGUCAUCGUGUUUGUGGUCUUCUGGGUGCCCUACAAUGUGAUGGUAUUUCUGAAAACCUUGGAGGAGUUUGGCUUUCUAAGUGGCUGCGAGGCUUAUCGUGGUAUCAACAUGGCCAUGGACGUGACAGAGACGAUCGCACUCACUCACUGCUGUGUAAAUCCGAUCAUUUAUGCUUUUGUUGGAGAAAAGUUCAGAAAAUCCCUAAUAAGUAUGUUUUCAAGAUAUCUUGGAUGUGUGAAGACUUACCAGUCGUCAUCUACGCAAUCCAAAGUUUCAGAGAAUGAAACUUCCAACACGGCUAUUUUUUUUACAUCUCCCAUAAAAAGUACACAAGUGUAGGUUGGAAAUUUUUUGUUUCUUUGUAAAUAUUGUGCUUAUCAUUUAAGAUGUCUUCAUUCAUGUGUUGCAACAUAUAAUACAUUUGAUGGUAAUAUCAUAUCAAUUAGACUACCUCAAUUAGUAAAACCAAAUGUCAAUGAUAAAAAUGAACCAUCAUACAAGCAU